ACCCGCGCGAGCCACAGGCAGUCGUAACUUGCAAGCUAAACAUAAUUUCCACGAUACAAACAGCGAUAACCCGUUGUUUGAAUAAGAAAAAAUAAAUAAAUAAAGAAAUCGCAUCAUUGGAAAUUAAUGACAUAUACAUUCGCAUUUCUCUUUCGCGCGCAUCAAUAAACAACGCAAAAUAUAUUAUCGAGUAAAUAUUGAUAGAAAAUAAAGCUGCAACGAUGGUCAUUGCCUCGUGCAGCAGCCGCGGAUCGUACGACUUUACGCAGAUAAUCGUUUUUUUUUCGUUCCGUUGCCUUAACGCGUUCGAUUACAUGCACCAAGAACAAGGAACGAAUUGAUCACGAGUAUUAUUUUUUUUUUAUGCGAUCGGCUUCAAGAGUUGGAGAAGGAAAAAAAAUCGGCACAAUGGCGUGAAGAAGGUUAAUUAUCGCUUGUAAUAAAGCUUCAUAAGGAAUAAUUUAUGGAGUUACGUAAUGAAAAAAUUACGACCUUCCACGCGGACGCCGCGAGAAAGCACGUCAAAAAGAUGUUUUAUUAUGAAUUCUCGGUCAACACCACCACCACCACCACCAGCAUCUGCAUGACAGCUGCUACGCGAGUAAAUACGAUCAUUUUCUAUGAGAGAAACUAUCGCGGGAGGGCCGCAGAUCAUAGCGUGUAUAUAUAUAUAUUUCCUUUACAUAAGAAUCUAUAAGUACACGAGAGCCGAGCAAACGGAAAACAGUCAUUAUCUCUGGCAGCGCGUAUAACCUCGUCGACUCGAGGCGUCGCGUUUAUUGUAUAUUAUUGCAAAGUUUGCUGCGCUCGUGUUUGCAUAGGGACCGUAUCGCACGUCUGCUCGAGCAGGUCGAUCGAAAAUUAUAAAAGCUCGCGCACCCGCUUCAAAUGGGCUUAUUGCGCGUGAAUUUAGUCGGCGCUUUGGCAGUCGCUGUCGUCUGCUCGUGUUGUCUGCAGCCGAUCGAGUCGCGUACGACCGUCAGUAGCAGUAGCGGUGCCAGCGGCAACGAAUCUACAGCAGCAUCAGCAGCAGCAGCGGCGGACAUGUCGACGAUCGUCGUUGAGAAAGUCGCGGACUCGGUGGAGCUCGGCGAGGGCCCCCACUGGGACGUCAAGAAGCAGAAGCUCUACUACGUGGACAUCGACGGGCGCAAGAUCCUCCGCUUCGAUCCGCUCACCAAGAAAGUAACCUACGCCCACGUCAAGCACGGUUAUGUGGGCGUCGCGAUUCCGGUCGAGGGUAGCGAUGACAAGUUCGUCGCGGCCUCGGGCACCGACCUCGUCCUCGUCACCUGGAACGGCGAGGAGAACGCCGACGAGCCGCCCAUGAAAAAGAUCGCCUCGCUCGACACCGAUCGCAGCGAUACUCGCAUCAACGACGGCAAGUGCGACGCGGCCGGCCGAUUUUGGCUCGGCACCAUGGCCCACGACGUCGGCGGCCAGAUCGCGCCGAAUCGCGGCAGCCUCUACAGGAUCGGGCCCGACCUCAAGCCCGAGAGCGUCAUCUCGCCCGUCACCAUCAGCAACGGACUGACCUGGAGCCUCGACGACAACGUCAUGUAUUACAUCGAUUCGCCCACCCAUCAGGUCUGGGCCUUCGAUUACAACGUCAGCACCGGCGACAUGCACAACAAGAGGGUCGUCUUCGAUCUCAAGAAGAACAACAUCAAGGGUAUUCCCGAUGGCAUGACUAUCGACGUGCAGGGUAAUCUCUGGGUCGCCCUCUUCGACGGGGCUGCCGUUAUCCAAGUGAAUCCCAAGUCAGGAAAAUUGUUGCAAAAGGUUCAGUUGCCCGUUGACAAAAUAACCAGUGUUGCCUUCGGUGGGCCGAAUCUCGAUAUUUUGUACGUCACAUCGGCUCGCGUUAAUAUGAGUGACGAAGAGAAGUCAAGGAAACCUGAUGCUGGAAGUCUUUUUGCCAUCAAAGGUUUAGGGGUAACUGGUCUCCCACCUUACAAUUUCAAAUAUUCUGGCAAAUAAAAAUUCACACUUUUCUUCCAUUAAAAUUACCAUUCACUAGUAUGAAUAAAAUCAUUAUACAGAAUUUUAUACGUUUUAGUUGUUAAGAAAAUACCAAAUUAUUAUUGUUAGUAAGUUAGUAUAUUGAGAAUGCAAUAAAUAAUUUAUAUAAAAUUUA